AGCGCUGACAAAGCGCCGAUCCGAUAAAAUUUACGAGCAGAAACAGCAGAAACAUGUGGGGUGUAUGCGUGCUGCAACAGUGUGCAAUAUGAUUUCAAACACAAUAUUUCACAGUUUCAACGUUUUGUGAACUGGGGUUAACCUCUGACGGAAUCACGAUGGUGGUAUGCAAAUAUUUCCAGCAAGGAACAUGUCGCUAUGGGCAAUAUUGCCGAUUUCAACACGUUACCAAUUUUGGUACCAACCAGGGCAGUACCAACAAACAAUUCGUAGAAGGAAAAAAUAUAGUUUUGGGAGUAGCAGAGGAAGUUUUAGCUGCCGAACGAGGUGGACAAUGGCUUCUCUCGUGUUUUGGUCCUUUAAAGGAACAGCCCUGCAUUCCUGGAAUGGAAGAUGUUUCUCCGGAAGAAGUUCGGUGGGAAAUGUAUCAGGCCCAAAAAAAUGGAACUGUCGAUCAAACGAAACUACAGUUUCAACAAUUAUGUCAAGCCAUGACUGCAAAACGUGAAGCUCUAAAAAAUCCUACUCAUGAAACUGCAGCUAUGUUGGAAAAAUUGCAAAAAACAAACAGAGAUGCUGGUUUUGGUGGGAAGUCGAAUUUUGCUCUGUCAACACCACAAAUGGGUCAAUCGACGAGUGCAAGUUCAAACGUUUUUGGAGCAAAGUCGUUUGGGACAACUGGAAAUCCCUUUGGGGGUGGUUUCACCACGACAGGAGGAGCUCAAACAUCUUCAAUAUUUGGAAGGCCUCAAACCACAAACACUUCAGUAUUCGGAGGAAAGCCAUCGUUUGGUGGAGCUUCGGUGUUUGGUGGUCAAGCAAACACGAGUUCAGUAUUUGGUGGCAAUCAAAGUAACAUGCAGAAUUUUGCAACAGCAAGUUCAUCAAGUAACUCAGUGUUCGGUGGAGGUACAGGCGGAACAGUGUUCGCACAGUCAACAUUUGGAACAACAAGUCAGUCGACCGGGCCAUUUUCGAUGUCACAAAGCGCGCAAUCAACAAGCACCAUUUUCGGAACCACGACAACAGCGACGAACAGUCUUUUUGGAGCUCCAACUUCGUCAUUGUUCGGAGGUUCAACGAGUUCGUCGAGUAUCUUCGGUGCAAACGCGGCCGCGCAACCGGGGAACUCAAUAUUCGGAUCUUCUGCUGGAAAUCCAGCAAUUUCAACGUCUAUAGGUUCGACUUCGAUAUUCACACUUCCAAAGAACACAGCGGCGUUUGGUGGAGCUCCAGUUUUUGGGGCGGCAGGAGGAUUCACUGCGACUCCUCAAGCAGCUCCCUUUUCGGGAUUCGGGGCAGCGCCGUCUUUUGAGAAUCCUACUAUUCAACCGAACAGUGUUUUUGGUGGAGCACAGCCGACGACUUUCGGAUCGAAUGCUCAGACGACCAGCAGCUUCGGGGCUUUAGCAGCUUCUGCAUUCGGCAAUGUCGCCGCGACAACAACUGCAGCACCUUUCGGUGCUUCGUCAGGUCCUUUCGGAUCAACUGCAACAGCAUCGCCGUUCGGGAGAAGCGCCGCUUUUGGAGGUUCCAUUCCACCAGGAAAUGAAACUUUCGGAGGAGCGCUCGCAUCUUGCGGUGAAUCGCCGUUUCCUCCGCAAGGGAAUCCCCCGCCUUUUGGUACAAUCCCUUCCCCACAAUCUCAACCUUUUGGAACUCCUACCUUUGGAAAUACUCCGAGCACUCCUUUCGCCUCGACGACGAGCACCACGACUACGAGCAAUCCCUUCGCUCCACGUUCUCAACAACAAACCAACACCCCUUUUGGUGUAGCACAAACGACCACAUCCUCAGGUGGAUCCUUUGGACAACCGAAUUUUGGCUCGAUCACAACACCUUCGAUAAUCGACGAUACCGCUUAUACAGUGGAGGGUAAAUUAACCGAUGAUGAAAAAAGCUCUUAUCUCGCCGAUCAAUUUAUCCUCGGUAAAAUUCCUACCAAACCCCCCACUAUCGAUUUACGAUGAGUUUUCAUUUUUCUAUUAUUGUCUUUGUUAAAAAUGAUUGUGCGCUGUGAUAAUUGUACCUUAAGUGCAUAAAAGAGCGCGAUUGUAAUGGGAAGAACUAUUCUUCGAGUACCGGUGAACAAAAUAGCUGAACAACUGAAUUAUUAUCUUCAAAUACUUGGUAAUAAUUUAUAUAUAAAAAUAUAAAUAUAUAUGGAAUAUGAAAUUCCAUUACAAUCUAUGCUCGUUCAAGUGUUUCCUACUCUAAGAAAGAAAAGUUUUCCUUCCUCUGAUGAUGAUCAUAGUUUUUAUUUUGUUUUUCUGCGACAUUUGAUUUUUCUUUUUUUUUCUCCACUACAAUUGCAAUGAGAACAUUUGUAUGUUGGCAGUUACAGUUGCAACUCGAAUAUAUAAUAUAUUAUUUUUUUGUAUCUCAA